AUGCCCGAACAACCAAACGGCGCGCCCGCCGAGGGCCAAGGCGCACCUGCUCCUGCACCGCAAACACCGCAGCAGCAGCCCUCAGAGAAGAAUGCAGCGCCUGCGAAAGACAAACCCGCAGAGAAGUCGGGCGAGAAGAAGCUCACCGGGGCCGAGCUGAAGGCCAAGGCCAAGGCGGACAAGGCAGCGCGGAGAGCACAGGUGAAGGACCGCAAGGAGGUGUCAAAGGCCGAGGCUGCCGUUUCGUCCUCUCCCCAGCAACUAGGCCCCGCCGCCUCCGAGGUCAAGGGGAAGAAGGGCAAGGAUGGCGCUGCUGCUGGGCAAGGAGGCCGGCCAUUGCUCCCCAAGACAGUGCCGUCCGCCGUGAUCACCGAGCAGAAGGUCCAGAUCCCGGAGUGCUUCAGUCACCUCUCAAUGGCAAAGCGCAUACCGAUGACACAGGCGGACAAGGACGUGCACCCGUCGGUACUGGCCCUGGGCCAGCAGAUGGCCACCUUUUCGAUCGACGAGAGCAUUGCCAGACUCAAGGCCACACUUCUCGCAUUCAAGAGGGUGAUACAAUCGUACACAACACCUCCGGGACACACUUUGGCCCGCCAUUUCACACCCCAUGUACUGAACCCGCAGAUCGAGUACCUGACCGCCUGCAGACCCAUGUGCUUUUCCAUGGGAAACGCUAUCAGGUGGCUCAAAUUACAGGUCAGCAAGAUUGACAUGGAUGCCUCUGAGGAGGACGCGAAACGGGACCUUUGCCUUGCGAUUGAUACCUUCGUCGCAGAACGGAUCACGGUUGCGGACGAGGUUAUCACAGAGGCCGGCUCGAAGCUCAUCCGGGAUGGGGAAGUUAUUCUCACCUACGGAAGGAGCAGCAUUGUGGAGAGGACGAUUCUUCUCGCGCAAGCGGCAGGGACCAAGUUCUCCGUGUUUGUGGUCGAUGAUCCCUACGAGCGACAGGGGCAGCAGCUUGCCAAGGUCUUGUCUGCUGAAGGCAUUCAAGUGUCCUACUGCGGCGACUUUGGAGGUUUGACAAACCACAUGAGACGAACGACGAAGGUUCUCGUAUCCGCCGAAGCCAUGUUCAGCAACGGGUCGCUGUACGCACGAGCGGGCACAUGUGACGUUGCGCUGGCUGCCAACGAGCUUCACAAGCAGGUCGUUGUCCUGUGCGAGACCAUCAACAUUACGGAGAGGGUAUCGACAGACUCGUUGACAUACAACGAGAUCGACCCGGAGCGAGGCCAGGCCGGGGCGUUCAGGCUCCUGUUCGACACGACCCCCGACAAGUACCUGCAAUUGCUCGUCACGGAGCUGGGAACUGUCCAGCCGAGAUCUGCGCCCGAUCUGCUGAGGAAGCUUGAGGAGUUCAACUAG